AUGACUCAAUUGUUGGAUACAUGUCCAGAACCAAAAGCUUAUCCAACAUGUAAGUCAAUUGUUGUAACAGAUGAGUCAUCUGUUGCAUUAGGUAAGCCCUCCGUUAAAACAGAUGAGUCAUCUGGUGCAGCAGAUGACUCGUCAGUUGCAAUAAAUGACUUAUCUAUUGGGACAAGCUUCUGGUUCAAUCCCAGCUUGAUAUGCUAUGUAAUAUGUAGCCAACAGGUAAAUUUCUCUUAUGAUUUUGCAAAUUUACUAUUUUUGUGUUGGCUAUUUGCUUUGGUAAUGGAUGAGUUGACGCGGUCUAUUCAGGAGAAGGUCCCAUGGUGUAUGUUAUUUGCGGAUGACAUAGUACUGAUCGAUGAGACGCGGGACAGAGUUAAUGCGAGGCUGGAGGUGUGGAGACGAACGCUGGAGUCCAAGGGUUUCAGGUUGAGUAGGACCAAAACGGAAUAUUUGGGGUGCAAGUUCAGUGAUGCGUUGGAUGAGGCAGAUGGGGAAGUGAGACUUGACACACAGAUUAUUCCUAAGAAAGAAAGUUUUAAGUAUCUUGGGGCUGUAAUCCAAAGAAGUGGUGACAUUGACGAUGAUGUCACACAUCGCAUAGGGGCUGCUUGGAUGAAAUGGAGGCUUGCUUCUGGAGUCUUGUGUGAUAAGAAAGUUCCACCUAAACUUAAAG